ACAACAACCGGUGGUACUGAGGGUUUUGUGUUUUACACUUCUACGAUCAUUCGCCUUCCUGCUGACUGCUGCUCUUUGCUUUCUUGUUCCUUCCGCUUGAGCUAUUGUCAAUAACCAUACUCGAUGUGGUACUUGUGUGUGUUUUACCACAGAUUGCUAGAUUACCGGAAACCAGAACUUGAAUCUCUUGCCGAUCUGUUCGGAGCUUUUGGAGAUAGACCCUGCUUCGAAUUCGAUAACCGGGGCAAUUCUCUUGAAUGGCGGCUUCCCAAGCACCACCACCCGGACUCCCCUUUUCAUUUCGUUGAUUUACCUUCCCAAGAUGUUGCCCGGAAUGUUGCUAACCGGAGUAUACUUGUGAAAGGAAUCUAUGAACUUUGGGGAGAAGGAAGUAACUAUGAGGAACUGGAAGAGGCUGUGAAAAGCUAUCCAGAUGAGCAGAAGUUGCCAUACUUGACAUCUGACAGCACAUUUAAGAUUAUUGUUGACAGCUUUGGAAAAGUAAUAAGUCUUCAGGAGCAAAAUAAUCGAAUACGAGGGCUUACAUAUAUCCCAUUCAAGGGGCGAGUCAAUUUAAAGAAUCCUGAUCACAAGUUCUGGCUUAUAGAAACAGAGAAUGAUAUUACAAAUAGUGGGCUUCCACCAGUAGUACAAAGGAGAAUCUUUUUUGGUAGGGAGGUUGGGAGUGCAGAUAGGAAGCUUUUACCAAUGUAUCAAUUAAAAAGCCGUACUUAUCUUGGGCCAACAGCUAUGGAUGCAGAAAUGGCUUUCUUAAUGUCCAAUCAAGCACAGGCUGCACCAGGGAAACUUGUUUUUGACCCUUUUGUUGGUACGGGGAGCAUUCUUGUUUCUGCAGCUCACUUUGGAGCUAUGACAAUGGGUGCAGAUAUCGACAUCAGAGUAGUUCGUGAUGGGCGUGGCCCUGACUGUAAUGUUUGGAGCAACUUCAAGCAGUAUGGAUUACCAAUGCCAAUUGCACUCUUACGAGCAGACAACAACCUACCUCCUUGGCGUCCUGGAUUAAAGGAGGUUUUUGAUGCAAUAAUUUGUGACCCACCUUAUGGAGUUCGGGCUGGAGGACGUAAGUCAGGUGGCCGAAAAUUGCUUAAGGGGGUUGUGGAUCCUUACAUAGUUCCUGAUGAGAAAAGGGCAGACCAUAUCCCAUCAACUGCACCUUAUAGCUUAGCUGAGUGCGUGCAUGAUUUGCUUGAUCUUGCUGCUAGGAUGCUUAUAAUGGGUGGCAGGCUUGUGUUCUUCUUUCCGGUACUGAGAGAAGAUGAUUCUGGAGAAUAUCAUUUUCUGGAGCAUCCAUGCUUCAAACUGGUUGCUGCUUCUGAGCAGAUACUGAGCUCACGUUACAGUAGAGUUUUACUCACUAUGGUAAAGACAUGCUCGUAUACUGAAGAACUUGCAGAGGCAGCAAGAAUAAAACAUUUGGAGUUCAAAGAGAAUCAUCUUAAGUGGUUAGAAGAUAGUAAUCUUCAUUCUUCUGUUUUCAGCCCAGCUGAUGUUUCAUCGGCUGAUGCAAAAAUUAGGAAAGAAUCAAAGCCAAAAUACAGAGGGAAAUAUGUAUAGUCUUGCUAUUAGUAUUAGCUGAUGACAAAAGGGUGAAGCUUUUAACUUCUGCUGAUGACAGAGAAAGGUUGAAGAUUCUGAUUUAGAAAAGCAGGCAUUAAUAUAUAUGUAAAAUGUAUCAUGCAUUGUUGGAGGUUGUCUUUUCUUUCAAUUUUUUUUUCUUAUUUUAAAUUUAGGAUGCAUUGUUACAGUUGAGACAAAAAAUCCUUAGUUGAGAAUGUGAUGUGAUGACAUGUUUUUUGAGGUGAUUGACAAUUUCUUUUUCUCUCAACGAGAACGUAAUGACAUUGUUCGGUUGCCAUUCUAGAAU